AUGGAUUUCACCGAUUGGGAUGCCUUCCUAGGCGCGCCGCCGUCGUCUGAACUGUCGGAAGGCGCCGGACUUGGGCAAAUCGACGAUUUCUAUCAAGAAGGACAGACACAGUUGUCUGAUGCUAUCGCGACCGCAGAAACCGCCAAUUCCUUGCAAGAAGACGCCCUGCUGCCGCCGCUGCCGCCGCUGAUGGCCUUGUCAGGCGUUGAGGAAGUCAUAGAGACUGCAGAAUCGGCGCCAGAGCCCGUCAUUCCAUCGCCGCCGCCCUCGGGGCUGUACGACUCUUUUGACGAGCUUUUGGCCUUCCUGCAGACGUUCCAUCGCGACAACGGCGCGGCUAUCAAGAUUCUGAAGAGCGCAAACCCUCGCGAGGUCUAUGGCGAGAGGAAAUACACAUACUAUGUCCUUGCCUGCGAUCGCGCCGGCUCUCAAACGUCCACAAGCACAGGAAUCCGAAGAUCCUCGACUCAGCGGCUCGACUGCCCGUUCAAACAACAAGCGCGAGAUUUGACCAAGCACCGGGCCCUUCCUGCGCGCGAGAUGUUAGAGAUCAUGAGAGACUCUAGCGGCGCCGAACCUACGUUCUUUCGUCAGUCAGACAUCUAUAACGACAGACAGAAGAUCAGGAUCGAAGGACUCAACGGCUUGUCAGCCACCCAGGCCUGGAUUAAGCAGCUUCAAGAUAACAACCUUCGUCACUGGAUCAAGAUUGACGAUGACAACAAGGUCGAGGGCGUCCUGUGGACUUACCCUUGGCCAGAGAAGAUGUGGCGCCAGUUUCCUGAAGUCCUAGGACUUGACAACACGUACAAAACGAACCGUUUUCACAUGUAUCUUUUCGAGGUCAUAGGCAUCACGGACCAGAAGUCGGUAGCCAACUUCGCGUUUGGCCUCAUCAACACAGAGAAGGAAGACGGCUUCCUAUGGCUUUACAAGGAGACCGCCCUCAAAAAUGCCCUCACGGCGACCUUCCCGGGUGCGCAGCAACAGCUGUGUGUCUAUCACAUCAACGCGAAGGUGAGGGCAAGAAUCCGGUCAAGAUGGAAGGCCGAAGACGGCAGAAGCGACGACGAGGUUGACGAGGCUGGCGACAAUGAGGCCGAGGUCGCUGACGGCGAUGGCGACCUCGUCGCCCGCGCUGCUGAACAAGAGGUCGCCGAGCAUGGCUGUGCGGCCUUGCUGCCUGCCGCCGACCCUUUGACUCGCGAUGGAAUGUUCCGUGCGUGGCAACAAGUCGUGUACGCCGAAGACGAGGCUGAUUUCCAGUCAGCAUGGAACAAGAUGAAGGCUAUAUACAAUCCAACGCAGAACCACAUCCUACGCUAUAUCUCGAAGGAAUACAUGCCGUACCGCGAGCAGUGGGCGCGCUGCUUUAUCAAGCGAUACCGCAACUUCGGUCAACGAGUUAAUAGUCCUGUGGAAACGGCACACAAGGACGUGAAGUCCUUCCUCAUCACGGGCACAAGCGACCUCCUCCACCUCCACAACGCGAUCUCCCUGAUGCUGCAGAAAAAGGAGAGAGACUACAACGAGAAGGCCGCGGCGAUGCAAAUGCGGCAGCGCCAACGCUUCAUCCAGCAGCAAGGGUGGCUAGGGAACAUCCCCAUGACAGUCUCCUACGUCGCCGUCGAUCUCCUUGCCCAACAGCACCGGCUAGCCGUGGCCGCGAUGCCCUCAAGCCGUGGCCUGAUGCCUGAGCCGCUGAGGCCUUGCACCGGCAGCUUCAUGCAGCAGUACGCGCUUCCUUGCAGCCACAUGAUCUUCAAGAAGCUGGACGACGGCGAGGCCCUCAGCAAGGAAGAUGUCCACCCGCGAUGGUGGCUGGCCAAGCCUCUGGACAUUGACGAGCCCUUACUCCGACUCCGCGAUCCUGACGUGGUCCAAAGCCUCCGUGGCCGGCCUCGCCUGCCAAAUAACGAGAAGAUGACGGUGCCGUCAUCCCUGAGGGCUGACGACGGCCAAGAUGAAGCCCAGCAGCAGGAGACGGCGCAGUCAACGCAGCAGCAGCGGCGACGGCAGCCAAAGCAGACUUCGCAGUCACAUCGCCGUGAGCGCCGUGCGAAGCCAAGCGCGCGUCGCGAUCUAUCACAAUUUGAGGUUGAAGGCUCGCAAAGGUCAUCACAAAGGUCGUCCCGGAGCCGCGGUCGCGGCCGCACCCGGGCAGCUUCGUCGCCGUCGACAAGGAGUUCGCAGUCACGCGUAAAUUCGCAGUCUACGAGAACUGCAAGAGGACGAUCGAGGAGGUCAGCGAUAGCCUCUUCUACGGCGAGGCUGGCCGCGAUAGCUGCAGCCGCCUUUGAGACCGACCCCGAGACCGACCCCGAGACCGAGUCUGAGGCUGAGGACGUGAUUGAGGUCAUCCCGGCCACCCAACCCGGCGCUGACGAGCCGGAUGGACUAGCCGGCCCGUGA